UAACUGCCCAGCAAUGGUACUGUCCAGAUCGAGAUGGCACUGGCACAGGAGCUGUAUGGCACCUCAAGUUGCAGGCUGGACUCCUUCGUGGCUCGCUGGCUGCAGCCGAGCCGGGAGUGGAAAGAGGAGGUGCUGGAAGCUGUGGCCAAUGUGGAGCAGUUCCUGAGGCAGGAGUCCUUCCAUGGGGAGCGUUGGCUGCAGAACCAGGAGGCUCGGGUGCUGAAGGUGAUCAAGGUGGGCUCCUUUGGGACGGGCACGGCGCUCAAGGGCACUGCCGAAGUGGAGCUGGUGGCGUUCCUGAGCUGUUUCUGCAACUUCUGGGAGGAGGCCAAGUACCACACAGCGGUUCUGAGACUGAUACGAAAAAAGAUUCAGUACUGCCAGGAGCUGCUGGCCCUGGGGCUCAGGGACCUGAGGAUAGACGAGGGAGUCCCCAGUGCGCUUGUCUUUACCAUCCAGACCAGGACAGCAGAGCCCAUCACAGUCACCCUCGUGCCUGCCUACAGGGUCUUGGGUUCCUCAGUUUCCGACUCGCCACCACCCCCACAAGUGUAUGUGGAUCUGAUCAAAGCCUCUUACAGCUACUCCAACUACCCCGGCAUCUUCUCCCCCUCCUUCAGCGAGCUGCAAAAGAACUUUGUGAAACACCAGCCGACCAAGCUCAAGAGCCUCCUGCGGCUGGUAAAGCACUGGUACCAGCAGUAUGUGAAGGCCAAGUGCCCCAGGGCCAACCUGCCUCCCGACUAUGCCCUUGAGCUGCUGACCAUCUACGCCUGGGAAACAGGUGCUGAGGCAGAGAGCUUCCGGCUGGAGGAGGGCCUGGCCACCGUGAUGGAGCUGCUCCAGGACCAUCAGUUUCUGUGCAUCUACUGGACCAGCUACUACACACUCCAGGACCCACUCAUCGAAGACUGCAUUCGCAAACAGCUCAAAAAAGACAGGCCUGUCAUCCUGGACCCCGCGGACCCCACCCACAACGUGGCCGAGGGUUACAGGUGGGACAUCCUGGCACAGCGGGCUGGCCAGUGCCUGAAACAGGACUGCUGCUAUGACAGCAGGGAGAACCCAGUGCCCAGCUGGAGCGUGAAGUAUGCCCAGGACAUGCAGGUGACGGUGGAGCAGUGGGGUUACGCAGACCUGAUCCUCUGGGUGAACCCCUACGAGCCCAUCAGGAAGCUGAAGGAGCGGAUCCGCCGCAGCAAGGGCCUCGUGGGCCUGCCGCGCCUCUCCUUCCAGGAGAGCGGUUGCAAGCGCCAAGUGCUCAGCAGCCACUGCUCCCUGGCCGACUACGGCGUCUUCUGUAGCACCCGCAUCUGCCUGCUGGAGACUGUCUCCCCCGAAAUCCAGGUCUUCGUGAAAAGCCCCAACGGGAGCAGCCAGGCCUACGCGGUACACCCCAAAAGCUUCGUGCUGAACCUCAAGCAGCAGAUUGAAGACCGGCAGGGUUUUCUGAGCAAGCAGCAGCAGCUGGAGUACGAGGGCCAGGUCCUGCAGGACUGGGUGGACAUGGGCUACUACAACAUCCAGGACAGCGACACGAUCACCCUCUCCCAGAAGCCAUCAGCACAUGUCCGCUACCUCCACAGCUAGUUUCUCCGAGGGUAGGCUGUAUGCGUUUCUGCCCAUCCACUACGCCUUCCACUUCUCGGCUGGGGACAGCCCUGGGGGCUGCCUUCAUCACCUUCAUCAACGGUUACCCAAGGCUGCCAAGGCAAAGCAGAGAGCUGGGAGUCGCAGAAUACGCCAACGGGCUGUGGCCAGACUCCUGUGUGCUCAUGGGAUUCUCGUCCACACAAAUCACUAUGGCAGCCAGCCCGGUGAAGUUCAAGGCUCAACCUCCGCAGCAGCUAAAACUAAAAACUAGGGGACUCAGUCAAGAGCUGCCAGCUCCUCUACUUCCCAUCUACUUCCCAUCUACUUCCGAUUCGAGGGCCAACCAGAGGAAGCCCGAUCAGCUUCCCAGACCAGCCAUGUGGGGUGCCCUGCUGCCAGGGAGCCAGGGCCCACAGCCAUCCCACACCAACCACCUUCUUCGUGGGCACUCAUGGAAGCCUCCACUUCUUGCCACUACCAGGCUUUUCCCAUGUCGCUGCCUGCCUGCCUGCCUGCCUGCCUGACAGUCUUGGCCAUAGGCAAGGGGUGGUGCUGGAUCCCUUUGCUCUUGCGGGCUGGGACCCCCAAAGCCUCGGCUCUCACAGAGAUGCUCUUUGCUUGGCUUCUGCUGCCAGCAAAAGAACACCUUGUGGUUGUUGCUUGAUUGUUUGAGGUUCUCAGCCCUGGAGGGAAACUGAGACAAAAAGAGACAAAGUCUUAAAGACUGAAAAUAAGCUAUAACAAUAAUACAAUUCCC